AUGUCGUCCUCGAUUGCCAUCCCGGCGCCCUCGCAGAGCACGCUAAAUGUCUUUUGCUCAACCAACAAGGUUUCGCGGGUAUCUGUGGCAAAGCUCGCGUUUGCGACUGCGCUCCAUCAAUACUUUGAUCUCCAUGAGUUCUCAUGUGCCGAAGCUCUUCCAAAAUACCACGAUGACCGCGCACACGAUCCAAUAAGCGGGAGCCGACAGGUGCGAUACGACUCAGAACUCGCUUCUACCACCUCUAUUCGCACAGCUUUCGGCCUCGAAAAGGCAGACUUGUUGUCCGAUGAUAGCCUUGCUCCGCUCCUCGUCAAUCAUACAAUCAGUACAACGAGGAACGGUGAACGAGUCACCAAUAGUCCCACAGCAGGCCUGGUCUUUGCCAAAAAGGUUCCCGCUCUAACGGCGGCCUCACCUUCCAGCCAUUCCACACAGCACAACGUGUCGAGCCUUGUCGUAUACUUUGACGAAGUGUCGCUGUCGGGACACAUGCUUUACAACAUGGAACAAGUCUCUGAAUUUGUGGCCACCGGCUUUGUGGACGCCUUUUCUGCAGCUCUUCAAUCCAUCUCGUCAGUCCCCCUCGACACAUUGAUUGCAGACCUAGACAUCUGCGGAUCGCAUAGUCGAACAAUUAUAUCCAGCUGGAACCAGCAUACCACAAGUGCUCCCAACAAACUGCUCCACGGUUUGGUAGGACGAGGUUUCCUCCACAAGCCCGAUGCGAUAGCGAUCCUGUCCUGGGACGGUCAAAUGUCAUAUUCGGAGCUAGACAAGCGCUCAACCAGCCUCGCAGCAUAUCUCAUGGACACUUAUGAUGUGAAGCCGGGUAAGAAGGUGGCUUUAUGCUUUGAAAAAUGCACCUGGGCCGUCGUUUCCAUGCUCGCGGUACUUAAAGCGGGAGCGGCAUAUUGCUGUCUCGACCCGAGCCAUCCACGCGCCCGUCACGAGUCCAUUAUCCACAUGCUCGACACACCCGUCGUCCUCACUUCUACGCUGCACGAAAGCCGCUUUGAUGGACAUCCCGUGUUGGUCCCGACAGUUGAGCUCGUCAGUCAAGAACGCCGCUAUCAGCCAACGAAUGUCCAGCCCAGCGAUACAUGCAUCGUAGCCUUUACCUCUGGAAGUACCGGAAUUCCUAAAGGUAUCGUGCACACGCACAACUCUUUAGUCACGGGUAUCCUAUCCAACGCCACUCCGCAACGUAUCGACCGGGAGGGUGUUUCAACCUUUCAGUGGUCAAACUUCACCUUUGACGUCAGCAUGGUGGAAAUUUAUGCGCCACUGAUCUUUGGUGGGCGCAUCUGUAUCCCCUCGGAUGAAGAGCGAAUCAACAACGUGGAGGAGACCAUGAAUAGAAUGGCCGUCAAUUGGGCCUAUUUCACUCCCUCAUUUGCGCGGUUGUUCGCGCAGUAUAACAUUCCCAGUCUGCAGACAUUGCUCUUGGGUGGUGAGGUCGUCACCCCUGAUGAUAUCAAUACGUGGUAUGAUCGCGUCAAGGUCAUUCAUUCAUACGGACCGGCCGAGUCAGCUACUUUCUUCCUGUACGAGUUCAAUAGUCCCUGUUCCAAAACUGUACCUAUCGGACCGGCCCCCAACACCUAUUCCUGGAUCGUGAACCCCAACAAUCCCGAACUUCUGUCGCCUGUUGGAGCAAUCGGGGAAAUGCUUUAUGAGAGCUCUGGACUCCUGAAAGAAUACCUCGGGAAUCCCAAGAAGACAAAGGAAGUCUUGAUUGACGCGCCUUCGUGGAGGCAGAAUCUUGAUGCUCCUGCCCCGUCGUCCAAGCUAUACAAGAGUGGUGAUCUUGUACGCUAUCUGCCUGAUGGUACAAUGAUGUACAUUGGACGGAAAGAUACAAUGGUGAAGGUGAGAGGGCAACGGCUCGAGGUAGAAGAAGUAGAGUCGGUCAUGCGCAAGAGCCUCGGCGGAUCGAGUCAAGUGGCCGUCGACUUGGUGGAACUACACGGUAGUGGACCUAGGCUGGUCGCGUUCCUGCAAUGCUCAGAGGAGCCAGGGCUGAACGGAAAUGUCAACGACGGGUGCUCUGGUACGCAUCAGUCGAGCUCUGUACCGGGUAAAAAGAUGGAACUGAUUGCUCAACUUCGCUCUCGUCUCACUGACACCCUUCCUGGGUACAUGGUUCCAAGAAUAUACCUACCUCUCGCCACCCUUCCGACAAAUUCCAACGGAAAGCUCGACCGUGCAAAGCUCAAGGAAUAUGCUCGGACGCUUUCGAGAAGCGAGUUAUUCAAGUACUCUGAGUCUGGUCCAAGCGAGGAAGUCCUGGCCGAUAUACCCCAGGAUGAUGCAGUUGCGCUCGAGGUCAGUGAGAUAGUUGACAAGGUCCUGGGUAGGCCAGAGUCAAAGGGGGAGAAUCCUCUCAAGGGAAAGAAUGCCACCUUGGAAAAUUUCGGCCUCGACUCGUUGAGCAUUGUCUCACUUGUGAGGUCAGUCAAUGACUUCUAUGGCCUCAAAAUCCCAGUCAAAACUUUUAGAAGGGCCAACCUGAACGUUCGGGACAUUGCCGAGAUUGUUCGCAGCCGCAACAAGGUCGCGCCGCAGUCUGACGAGCAUACCAGAUCAGCCAGUAUCUUGCAAGACAUUGAGGAGCUUGACAGGGAAUUGGCAAGAGUACAAUCUGACGAGCAUGCAUUGCGAAAGAAGAGGUUGCAGACAGAUAGAGACGUGGUAUUCUUGACAGGGGCGACGGGAUUCCUUGGCACCCAGAUCCUUCGACAGCUGUUGGAGCUUUCCAGCGUAUCGAAAGUCAUCGUUCUAGUUCGGGCGAGCGAUGCAAGCGCAGGCCUCCAGCGCAUCGUGGCCGCCGCUACCACCGCCAGAUGGUGGUCGCCUCGGCUGGUGAGCCGCAUCGAAGUCUGGCUAGGAGACCUUGCGCGGCCUCGGCUGGGUGUUUCCGUGGAUCAGUGGGCACGCCUCGAAGGAACUUGUAACCAGGAAUCAGAGGCAGUCACCGCAAUCAUCCACAACGGAGCCGUCGUGAACUGGUCCUCGAGCUAUGAGCGACUACGUGCGACAAACGUCGUCAGUACAGUGCAAAUCCUGCAACUUGCAUUGGCGGGAACGGGAUCGCUGCGGUACUUUACUUACGUCUCGGGUGGUGAGAUGCACCUUUCAAGUGAAGCAGUAGCAAGCGACCCCUCGCGUCUCUCAUCUGCAGACGGCUAUUCGCAGUCCAAGUUUGCAUCAGAUGUACUGGUCCAGCGAUGUGUGGCUCGCUCUCCCGCCGGCCAGCGAAUCAACAUGGUCAAGCCUGGCAUCGUCAUCGGUACGGCAGCGGAGGGUAUCUCCAACACGGAUGAUUACAUAUGGCGUCUGGUCGCAGGAGUAUGUGAAGCAGGGGCUUAUGUUGAUGGCGAGCACGAUGCGGUGGUUUGCCUCGCGGGUGCUGAUCAUGUCGCACAACGCGUCAUUGAUGCGUGCCUCGGCAGCCCAUGUGACGGCGAUAGCGCACCCGGUGCUCUGAAGAUGAUGGAAGGCGUCUCCGUGCGCGACUUCUGGGGUGUAGUUUCAGAGCGCACUGGACUGGUGCUGCGUGCGAUGGAUUUUGAUGACUGGCUGAAGGUGGUCAACUCAAACGUGUCCCUUAAAGGGCCAUCACAUCUCCUCUGGCCUGUCAUGGAAUGGGUGGAACAGCGCAAGGGCAGAAUUGGCGACGCUCGUCUAGCAACGUGCAAAGCAAGCAGCUGUACUGGCCACUAUCUCGAUCCAGACCACGGGCAAGGCACAAAGGCAAAGCUUGUAGAAUGUACGCAAGGCAAGGACACCAGAGAGAAGACUCUACAAGCUUUGCGGAAGAGUGUGGACUAUCUUUCGAGUCUGCGCUUUUUGCAAGGUGAGACACUUUUAGAGAGUGCAAGGCAGGAUGUGUUUCGCCGGUCUGGUAUCAGUAGUUAG